UUAUUCCUCAGCAGCAGCAGCCUCUUCCUCCUCCUCCUCCUCUGCUCUCCGGCGGACAUGCGGGCUCUUGGAGCGGAUCUAUGAUUCCCGCAGCAUCGCGGCUUCUCUGCACGGUUCUGAUCCAGAGAUGCUGCCACGCCUUCACACCUGAGCCGUCAGAUUGAACAAGAAACAGGAUAAAAACGAUACUUCCACCAGUCUGACCAGUCUGACCAGUCCAGUUUCAUCAUCCGGACCCAGAACCCAGCCGUUGCUUUUCCGGGGCUUUCCAUUGUUCCUCAGCGGGUUCUUCAGAGGGUCUCCCUGGUGUUCUGCUCAGCUCAUCUCGCCUCGGCGCCUCGGACCUUCAUGCGUCUCUUAGCGGCAGACUCCACCCACCACGCCGCCGCCGCCGCCCGGACCAUGAGCUGUGAACAGGAGUUUGGAGACGGGGCCAUGGGGAUCACGCUCACGCUUCGCCUCCUCAUGCAUGGAAAGGAAGUCGGGAGUAUUAUUGGAAAGAAAGGAGAAACCGUGAAGAGAAUACGAGAAGAGAGCGGCGCCAGGAUCAACAUCUCCGAGGGUUCCUGUCCGGAGAGGAUCAUCACCAUCACCGGUCCGACAGACUGCGUGUUCCGAGCUUUCACCAUGAUCACCUUCAAACUGGAGGAGGACCUGGCGGCGCUGGUCGCCAACGGCACGGUGACCAGCAAACCUCCGGUCACUCUGCGGCUCGUCAUCCCGGCCAGCCAGUGCGGCUCGCUCAUCGGCAAAGGAGGGUCAAAGAUCAAGGAGAUCAGAGAGACAACAGGUGCGCAGGUCCAGGUGGCCGGUGACCUUCUGCCCAACUCCACGGAGAGGGAGGUGACGAUAUCCGGAGGGCAUGACGCCAUCAUCCAGUGUGUGAAGCUGAUCUGCACGGUGAUCCUGGAGUCUCCACCGAAAGGAGCAACCAUUCCAUACCGGCCUAGUCCAAGUCCAGGAACGGUGCUGCUGGCAGGAAACCAGGUGUUCGAGGCUUCGGACUUUGGAUCUCACCCGCUGUUCUCCGUGGCUCAGGGUGGACUGGACCUGCAGCAGACGUACGCGGUUCAGAGCCACUACAGCAUUCCACAUUCGGAGGUAAAACCAGUUUCUGGCAGCGAUUUCCGCUCAGCUCCAUCGUCUCACGGCUUCUACUCUCCGUUUGUCUGUCAGUUGGUGAAGCUGCAGCAACUGUCCAUGCAGCAGCAGGGCCUGGCGUCCAUCAGCCAGGCCGCCUCCGUCCUGCCCGGAGCCGUGGAAGCAAAUUCCCAAACCACGACUCAGGAACUCCUCAUUCCCAACGAUCUGAUUGGAUCAAUCAUCGGUCGCCAGGGAACCAAAAUAAACGAGAUCCGGCAGGUGUCUGGGGCUCAGAUCAAGAUCGGCAGUCAGAUCGACAGCAGCAGCGACCGCCAUGUGACCAUCACCGGCACGCCGAUCGCCAUCAACCUGGCUCAGUACUUAAUCACCUCAUGUUUAGAGACCGCCAAAUCCACCGCCCAGUCCUCCUCCAUGUCGUCUCCCGUUGACCUGACCAUGAGCUUCACCCAGCCCGCCCCCCCCGCCUCCGCCUCGUCUUCCUCCUCCUCCCCCCUGGCAGCGAUGGGUGCUGCACUGCCCCACGCUCCGAUCCUGGGCGCCCCCUAUGCCCUUCCCCUCUCCAGCCUCCUGGGAGUGAAAUCCAUCCCCUACCUGGCACUGUCCACCCCUCCCGCCUCCGCAGCAGCAGCAGCGGCGGCGGCCGCCAUCGGCGCGCCGGUGCUCCCGAGCUCGGUGCAGACGGCGGCCACGGCGGCGGUUCCCGUCCCGGCUCACGCGGCGGCCGCGCUGGCGUCCUACACGGCCAAGAUCUCAUCGUCCGCCAACGGGAUGAAGAAGCCGGAGAGACAGAAGUUUUCUCCGUACUGAUGAAGGAGGACGGCCGUCUCUGCGGUGGCUUCUGGGCUGCUCUUCAAACUGCAAGGGCCUCUGAACUCUGUCACUUCCUG